AUGAAAAUGUGUCAAUUUUUCGGCGUAAAUUGUUUAUCAUUCGUUCCUGGUUUAUCAGUUAGCCGAAAAGAAGGUUAUCUACAAGAACAAUUUAUUAAUUAUUAUUUUGUUUACCAUGCUUUCUUGCGUGCAUCAUGUUUUUGUGAUUUAUGUAAAUGUUAUGAUACUUCAAAAUGGUUUAUUAUUAAAGAUAUUUAUAUGAUUGAUAUACGACCUGAUAUACAUGAAAUAUAUUUUCCUAUGUUAGUUGAUCAUGAUUUUCAAAUUUCAUCUGAUAUUCAAAACAUUGGUUAUGAUGAUGAUAUUAAAAGAAUCAAUUCACAGUGUAUAUUACUUAUUAAAUGUCGAACAGCACAUAAUUGUAAUGAAUGGACAAAACAUUUAUCAAAUUUAUCUGAACAAGUAAAAGAUGUUGUCAGUGAAACACGAAAUCGAUCCGAUUCAUAUGCACCUAUUCGAGAAAAUCAAUUAGCUUGUUUAUUAAUGACUGCUUUCAUUGGUGGAAUUGAUAUAUGUUAUGGUCGUUGGGAUGAUGAAUUUAUGCGUCGUGUCGAUGUGGGUAAUGGAUGUGGCACAGCAUUGAAAUUGCCAUCUGACAUAGCUGCAGAAAACGAACCGUCAGCUGGCACAGAAACAGUACAAAUGGUUACUACCAAAAUGGCUGAGCAAGCUGGUGAAGCACUUAUCAAGGUAAGAGAACUUAAAAGAGAAGCAAUAAUAAGAUAAGAGGAAACAACUAAUCGUCAUCUAAAAUCAAAACAAUAAGUUUUCGAACACCCUUGUACUUUAUUUUUUAUGUUUAUUGAUUUGUGAAGAAAAAAUAAGAGAUAAAAUUUUUCUUUUUUCAUCAGUAGAUAUUCCUCGAUUUACAUUAUUUUCGAUAUCAAAAUUACGACUGUGGUCUAUCAUCUCGAAGUAUAGGACAUUGUUUCGUAAAAACAAUCAGUUUUUCGAUGUAUGCAGGAUGAGAUUUUUUUGUUUCUCAUAGCAAAGCAUUCAACUUUGCGACAUCAUAAUGAUAUCAUGCGUAUGUCACUGGAGCGAUCUAGCAAUUCAAAAUAUUUUCAGUGCAAAAACUUAAAGCUUAGAGAAAAGUAUUAUACUAGAAUAUUGAUGUUACAUGCAUUCUUUGAGAGGAUACUCAACUGCAUUCAUAACAAAGUUAAUAUAAGAAAGGUGUAUUGUAUAGCAUAUGAGAGACGAAAAAAAAUUCCCUAGAAACUCCUAUAAUUAUCAGUGAAAUAUUCUUGUGGCACUAAGCCUUGUACAUUUUCUUACUGGUAUCGGUUUAAAGGAUGCAAGAAAAAACAAAUAAUUUUUGUUUUUGUUUGAAAAAUUAGGAUACGUAUGUAAGUAUGAGUGAGAGCACUGGUAUAUGAUGGUGGAAAUGAUUUUCUUUAUGCUCAUAGUCUAAUUUUCAAAUAAAAUAAUGAAAAACCCGUGUUGCACAAAAAGAAAGGAAAACGAAAAUUUUCCUUUUUUUUUAUCUUUUAAACCAAUACGAUCAAAGACAACGAAAUAAAGUUUGACACAACAUGGAUAUUUCACUAAUAAAUAUAUCAGUUUGUAGAGAAUUUUUUUCUCUAUUGCAUCGUAAACAAUACAUUUCUCUUAUAUCAAUUUUUCUCAUGAACAC